CACUUCUUUGGAACUCCGUCUUUUUUGUUCCCUUUAGGAAGAUGGUAGGAAUUCAUACUCUACAUUGCUCAACAGAUGAAUGGGCCCCCCGAUUUUAUCUUGCAGCUUUACUGAUAGUGAGCACCUGUGGCCCAAGCUCCCCCCAGCGUGCCCCUCCAGUGACAACAGGUCCGCGCUCAGCUUUCUCUGCGACGCGUACCAGCAGCAUACUGGGGGGCAAGCAGAGUGUUGUGACCUUUAACAAGCUCUUGGUCAACAUCGGAAGGGACUUCAAUCCAGACACUGGUUACUUUCGUUGCCGCCUCCCAGGAGUGUACUACUUCUCCUUCUCCAUGGGGAAAUUCCCAAACAAAAUGCUCUCCGUCAUUCUGGUGAAAAACGGGCGGGAGGUGCAGGCCAUGGCUUAUGAUGACUACCGCAAGAAGGGCAGAAAAGUUCAGAGUCAAAGCAUAAUGAUCGCAUUGGAGGAAAUGGACACAGUGUGGUUAAUGUUGCAGCAGAAUUCUCAGUAUGCUUUGUACAGCAAUGCCGGCCCUUACGUCAGCUUCUCUGGUUACCUCGUCUAUCCCGACACCUCUCCAAGCAGCUACAUCAGCAACCACCUGAUGCCUCACCCAGACUGUCCCCCUCAGGUCAGACAUCAGCCAUUUGAGCAGCCCAGAUCAGCCUUCUCUGUGGCACGGACAUCCACGUUUAUAGGCCAGCGUCGCAAGCAGCAGCACAAGUCACCUCUGACCUUUGACGUAGAAUUCGUCAACAUCGGGGGCCAUUUCAAUAAAUCCUCGGGCAGGUUCACCUGCCGCUUCCCCGGGGCUUACUAUUUUGCAUUCACAGUGGGUAAACACCCUCGGAAGGCUCUUUCUGUGAAGCUGAUGACUGGGGAGGGCGCGGUACAGGCCAUGGUGUUUGACGACGAUACGUCGAAGAGACGGGAGAUGCAGAGUCAGAGUUUGAUGCUUUUCCUUCACAAGGGCGACACUGUGUGGCUGUACAGUCAGCAGGAUAAUCGCUACGCUGUAUACAGCAACCAGGGGAGGUACACCACCUUCUCAGGCUUCUUGGUGUAUCCCGAGGCCGACUCACUCACAUACACACAUAAAUGAGCACAGAACUGUAAAUGCCACCGUUGCUUUUUUACUUUUAUUAGCAAAUAGUCAAGUAGUCAAACAAAAAGAGUUUUGCUAUUUUAUUUUAUUUGCAAUAUUUCAUUUAAGAACUAACCUAAGGUAAUUGCAUUGUGUGAGCUAUAAGCAAAUAUCUCCACGGGGUGGUGCUGUAACACAGUUAUCGAUGUUCUUAAAAAAAUGCUACGUACAUGGAGCUCUAAACUAAAACGGUGUGUAAGGGCAUGACGCCAAUCAUGUACAUUUUGUAUAGUUAU